AUGGUGAAAAAUAAUGAUAAUGUCACUAUUAACAUUGAUAAGGAACCUUCCAAUGCCUGUGGAAAUACAAAUGCUUCUGAAAAAUGGUGUGUCAUCUGUGAGGAAUUCUAUGGCACAUCAACCUGUACAAAGCACACGUUUCAACACGUCGAAGAUACGCCAGUCCUCUCGAAAUCAUUCGCAUCCUUGCCUUCUGUGCUGGAAAUUGUCGAGGUUGAGGCCAGUUCAGAAAAUGAAAAAGUUUAUGGAGUUCUAGCUAAGACAACCAUUGAAAAACACACAAAGUUUGGACCUCUCAUAUGCGAAUAUAAUUUAUGCAAAUUAGGGGAAUUAUGCAAAUUUGGGAAAGGGGUGAAUAAAUUAGGCAGUGAUAUGAUGAUGGGGAGAAGAGAUAAUGUUUCUUUUACUAUCGAAAAACCAAACGGCCAAGUAUACCAAAAUGACUUUUCAAAUUUGGACGCCUGUAAUUGGAUGGCGCUAGUUCGUGCCUCAGCCAAUCAGAACGACCAAAACAUGAUAGCCAUGAAUCACUUUGAUUACAUAUAUUACGUCACUACUAGAUGCAUUCAGCUGGGGGAUGAACUUAAAGUUUGGUUUUCGACCAAUCACGUAAAAGUAGGUCAGUUCGGAAGCUGUACUAGUGAUGAUGUUGGCGGUGACCUAAUUAAAGCUAAAGAAAAAUUACCCUUGGAAAAGUGUAAGAGGAAAGUUAAAUCGACCUGGAAGGUGAAGAUGAAAUGCAAGAAGAGCAGCAGGAGUUACUUUAAUGACGUCACUGAUGACGAUGAUGAUAACGACGAUAAAAACAAUGAUGAUGAUGAUGGUGGGGGUGGUAAUGAUGCUGAAGCUUGUGAUGGUGAUGAUGACGAUUUUGUUCCGUCUAAAAGAACCGCAAAACUUGCAAGCAAAAAAACCUUAAAGCGGAAGCGAUCUAAAAAUAGCCGGGGCCGACCUAGAAAGAGACCGCCUUCUGAUUGGUUGACCUCCAUCGACCAAUCAAAAUCCUCCUCCAAAAUGAAAUCCAAGUCAAACAAAACAUUGCCCUGCGAAAAAUGUGACCUAGUUUUUGAUGACCUGAAUAUUUUUAAUGUCCACAUCAUCGCCCACGGUUUUGAUAAUGAUGUUUGCAAUGGGGUAGCGACAGAAAACGCGGCAAACGCAGCCACUCUAGCUACAGGUAAGACUGAUGAGGCGCUAAGUUUACAAUGUCCUGUAUGUCGUGAUGUUCAGUAUGACAGCCAUGCUGAUAUGCUAUCACAUACCAGAUUGCAUGCCUUGGUUAAUAAUAAUAAUAAUAAUAGUAAUAAUAAUCUGAAUAUUAAUAAUAAUGGAAAUAAAGUUUUACUCAAGCCUUUCGAAUGCCAGAAUUACGGAGUUGGUGAUAUCAAUAAUAACAAUAAUAAUAAUAAUAAUAAUAAUUAUGAUGAUAAUUACGGUAAUAAUGAUCAGUUCGUCAUCUGCGAUGACGUCAUCGAAUUCAUCCGUAAUAGAAAUAAUAACAAAGGUAUCAGUAAUAAUAAUAAUAAUAAUAAUAGUAAUAAUAAUGAUGAUGAUGAUGAUGAUGAUGAUGAUAUUGUUGGAAAUUCCAAACUUGGGAAACCACCGCCGAUAAAAAUAGAACUCUUACAUGAUAAUGAUGUUGAAGCUGAUGGAACGUACAGCUGCCCUCAAUGCCACCGUGUCUACCAGCACUACCGCCAGCUAGCACGCCACAUUCGACUACAGCACUGGCCGAAGUCUUACGCCUGCGACCAUUGCGAUCGAAAGUUCUCUCGCAGCGACAAGUUGCGACUGCACAGCCUGCGUCAUUCCGACCAUCGCGAGUUCGUCUGCGAGGUUUGCGGGGGGCAGUUCAAGAGGAAGGAUAAGUGGAAGGAGCAUAUGAAGAGGCAGCAUCCCGGAAGCGGAAGUGGAUUGACAGGAAGUGACCUAAGUGGAUUUAAGAGGUCUAGGUUCGGGAGGAAGGUUGAGGCGUUACUCGAAAGAGGAACAGAUGAUGAUGCAGGCAAUACGAACGCCGCCACAGCAGCGACAACGACACCAGCGACACCGGCGACACUAGCCUACAACGACUACCCAUUCAAGUGCGAGCAAUGCAAACUCGGCUUCAAACGCAGGGGCAUCCUUGUGAACCAUGCCUUAAAAAAGCACCCCACUCAACAUCUAUCUAACUUCCCCGAACUUUCACAGCCCAUUGUUAAAAGUCGCUACGAUUACUUCUGCCUCUACUGCAACAAGAUCUUCAAGUCGAGUACAAAACGUAAGACGCACAUCUUGAAAUCCCAUCCAGGAUGCGAGCUUCCCGCAUCACUUCGCAACUGCAACAAAAAUAGCAGCAGCAGUAGCAGCCGCAACGUCAUCGGCAGCACAGCGGCUACGAGUAGUCAUUCGUCGACAUUUUCAGCCAAAAGCGGCCAGAUACUGGUCCAGCCAUCUUCGUGCGACAUCUGCUACAGGCAGUUCUCUUCCAGAUCUAAGUUACUACAACAUAAACGCCAGCAACAUCCACAGCAGCAAAAACGCCAUCCUAAACAGCAGCAAACGAAUCAACAACAGUCGCACCAAGCACAGCAACAGCAGUUUGUGGCUUCCAACCAACAACUUCAACAAACAUUACUGCAAGAUUCAACAAGAACGUCAACUGAACUACAACAACAACAGCAACAAGUUUAUGCUGCAACAUCGACAAUUCAUAACAUUAACAAUUUAGAAACGCCAACUAUAUGUCUUGAAGAUGCGUCAGCUUCCUUCUCUAAUGGCGCUCUAAUCUUAGUGCCAAAAACGACAGAGGCCUUGAACUUCAAUCUCAGCCAAUCAGAUUUGAGCGCUGGAAAUGUGAUAUUUUUAUCAGCCAAUGGUCUUUCGGAAUCGUGUAACAAUGACAACGACAAUAUUAAUAACAACAACAAUAUUAAUAGCAAUAAUAAUAAUAAUAAUAAUAAUGGUGAUAAUAAUAAUAACAAUAUGGUAGGUAAUAAUAAGGACGCAAUUGGUCAAUCACAAAUUAUUCAAAACCUCCAGCCAAUCACAUCACUCCACCUCACACAAGAGCAGCUGGAACAUCUACAACAACAGCUUCUACUACAAACACAACAACAGCAACUAUUACUACUUCAACCACAACAGCAGCAGCAACUACAACCACAACAGUUUUUGCUACAACAUCAACCAUUGCUGCAACAACAGCAACCAUUGCUGCAACAACAGCAGCUGCAACAACAACAGCUGCUGCAACAACAGCAGCAAAUAGUAUUACAAGAUAGCGUUAUGACUCACGCGCUUGAUGCCUUAUCUAGGUCUUACGUUGCGAAGGGUAAAACAAAUUUCAACAAAAAACUGACUAUUCAACAACUUCAACAACGACAGCAGCAACAACAACUACAGCAGCAGCAACAACAAAAACGACCGCAGCUACAAAAACAUCAACAACCACAACAGCAUUAUAAAGAGCAAAAACGGCUGCAAAACGUCGAUGACUCACAUUUUGGUCAAAAUCAACAACAGCAGCAGCAGCAACAACUGCAACAACAACAACAACUGCAACAACAACUGCAACAACAACUGCAACAACAACUGCAACAACAACAACAACUGCAAUACAUGAUGUCGACAUUAUCAGCCACCUCGUCUAUAACAACGACGCCGGGAACAGCAGCAAGCAGCAACACAACAUUUUUAACCUUUGCCUGGAGUUCAAGCUAG